AUGGGCUCGCGUACCCUGUUCGACUUUGCGCUUCCAAAGUCAUGGCGCCGCAAUUCGCAGAAGAAGGAGGAGACUACGCCCGCCCCUGCUGCCGCUGAGCCCGUUGCCGAGGAGAAGACGGAGAGCGUGUUCGACGAGGUUGUCGAGGCUGCCGAGCAGAAGCAAAAGUCGCGGCGCGCGAGCGAGCACUCGUACAAGUCGGCGUUCCACAAGAUGUCGCCCCGCAAGCUGAACGACAUCUCGCGCCAGGUCGCCGGCCUGCCCGUUGACGAGGCGCUGAUCCAGCUCCAGUUCUCCGAGAAGCGUGUCGCCAAGACGUGGGUCAAGUCCACGCUCGCGCUUGCCCGUGAUCACGCCGUCGCCAAGGGCAUGGACCGCUCCAAGCUCGUCGUGUCCGAGUCGUGGGUGUCCAAGGGCUCCAAGGUCGCCCGUCUCGACAUCAAGGGCCGUGGACGCAUGGGUAUCAAGCACCACCAGUCGGCGCGCGUCCACUUCCUCCUCAAGGAGGGCAAGACGUAUCAGGAGAAGCUCGCCGAGCGCCGGAAGAAGGAGCUCAACAAGAUUAAGAGCGCAGGCGUCGUUCGCGAGGACGGAAAGAUUAGGAGAAAGGUCAUCAGCGGAUGGGCCUGGUAG